CCUGGUCUCAUCAGUGUUGAGUGCAUGCGGCCAUCGUGGAUGGAGAUGUAAGAUUGGUUUGUCGGAGUCACUGUCAAAUGCUGCCUUGUUUGCUGUCGAAAAUUGUAGCAACGUACGAUCGUAAAGUUUGAGCGAUUAAUCACGUACGUGCUUAAAGACUUGUGUUACGUUGGUGAUAGAGAGAGAGAGAGAGAAAGAGAGAGAGGAGGAAAACGCGCAGCGCCUGCAAUCUCCUCGUAGCUCUUCAUUUUGGCUGAGUCAAGACAUCUGGUGAAGAAAAGUACAACGUGAUCGAAAUGGAAUUUCCAAAUUUGGGAGAACAUUGCUCUGAGAGCACAUGCAACCGCUUGGAUUUUUUACCUUUGAAGUGCGACGCUUGCCAGGGAAUCUUUUGCACAGAUCAUAUAACUUAUACAAGUCACAGCUGUCCCAGCGCGUACAAGAAGGAUAUACAGGUGCCUGUGUGUCCGUUGUGCGAUGUUCCUAUACCAAUAAAGCGCGGCGAUCUGCCCGACGUAGCUGUAGGAUUACAUAUAGAUAAUGACUGUAGAGAAAGCCGUAGGAAGAUAUUCUCCAACAAGUGUUCUUCAAAGGGGUGCAAAGUCAAAGAGAUGGUGCCGGUAAAAUGUAACGAAUGCAGUGCCAAUUUCUGCCUCAAGCACAGACAUCCCACCGAUCAUGCUUGUAUCGGAGCGGAGGAGGCGUUGAGACUACGUAGGUUGGAGGCACUAAACAAGAAAGGUCAAACGACAAUAUCACCAAAUAGCAGCAACAGCAAUUCGCAUUCGUUCCGAAGCCUUCAAGGAACAAUGACCGAAGAUGAAGCAUUAGCUAGAGCUCUCCAAGCUUCCUUAGACGAUGAAGAGAGAAGCAGACGUAUAUUACAACCAGUGCCUUCUGGAAACCGAGAUAGAUGUAGACUUUCGUAACUAUCUACACAUUAUUUUAUACCGUUAUAGAAAAAAAAGCUUCCUCAUUUCCUAAAAAUCUAUGGAUAUAAAGAUAUGUAUUAAAGAGAUAUAAAAGAUAUGAUCCUAUUAAAGUUAGCGCCAAACUAUAUAUAAUUCGUGAUUCGAAACUCGCAGUUUGUAAAUAGUGUGAAUAGAUAAAUUCAUUGAAUUCGCAUUUGUUGUUUACUACUCCAUUUAUCGAACAAUUUUUUUAACAAAAUUGAGGAGUGCAAAUUAUUACGAAUCUGUUGAUGUUGUUGAUUCAUACAUAGAUACGCUGCACAAACAAUAAAUCACGAAUUGCAAAUCAUGAAUCGUUUAUAAUUCGGCGCUAGCUCAAAGGAUGCACAUACAUGUACAACGGAAGUUACUUAAGUAUAUUUAUUAUUCUAUUAAUUUUUUAUCUGUUGUGUAUUGUUAUAGUUAUAACUGCUGUUAUAUCUAUAACUAGCUGUUGCGUUUAUAUGCAUAGAAAUUAAAACGUAUUUAUAUAAAAUUGCUCACGUAAUUAAGCACACUAAUC